AUGUAUCCCCUUUCCUUCACCACCAGCCAUGCCAGCGAUUCUUCUUCCUCUUCUUGUCAUCAUCCUCCUACGGCUGGCCAAUCGCCAAACCAAGUACCCAACUAUCUCGAUCGAAAUACCAUUGCCACCCUCCUCCAACCCCAUCUGGUCCUACUCAGCCUUCAGGACUCCAGACUGAGUCUUACCCAACCCAUCAUCCUCAGCACUAGCUGCUACCAUUCUAUCAAUCAGAUCAUCGACCAGCUGAUCUACUCCAUCCUCAGAUCCAUCUCCACCAACCAACACUCAGCAGGCUCUAGUCAUGAGAACCACUCCAAAGCUGAGCAGAACCAGGGAGUCGGGGAUGAUGAUGAUACCAUUGAGAAUGAGAACCCGAUCAUCUCACUGCCCAUCGACCCGGGCUACCUCAAGACUCAUGGGAUACUCAAAGUACUCAACCGGCCACUGGCCCAGCGAUCCAUCCAGGCUGCCGAGGUGGGCUGGAUGGUCUACCAGAACAAGCUCAACUCCAGCCAGCAGUCUCAACCCUUCUCAUCCGACUACUCCCCAGCCCAACAGGACACUACAGCAGCAGCACCCAUCCAGCUCAUCAGCCAGUCCGUCACCCUCUCGGAUCUGUUCCUCCAACUACAGAUCGACUGUCAGGAUCUUAUCACCCUAUACCAGCCAUCAGCCCCUGGCACUAAUAGUAAUCAGCAGCAGCAGGGCAGCCGGACUGCUGCUCAAGCUGACCCAAUUGAUCCUCACGAUGACACUAUCAACCCACAUCUCAACCAACCAUCUGCCCAUCUCUUCAAUCAGUCAUUGGACCUCCUCCUCGACCCUUACUAUUACGAUAGCCUGCUCGAGCGCUACGACAGUCUCCACCACACCGUCAACCUCCCACUCCGUCAACAUCAACAGCUUGCCAACCAACGUCCGCUCCAACAGCACCACCACCACCAGCAUCAUCAUCAUCAUCAGCAGCAGCACUACCAGCCUCCUCCUCGUCUUCCAGCCAUCAAGAAGGCCCAGACUACGAUCCUCGAGGAUCGUCUGGUGAUCUACUUCCUUGGUGUCAUCCAAGCUUUUACCAACUAUCUCCUCGAGGUCAUCAUUGCUAUCGUCCAGACUCGUCUACCCUACCCAUCAGCCAUCCAAGCCCACCAUCUUGCUGGAUUUAUGGCCCAGGAUGACCAGAUCAUCAACUUCAUGCCCAUGCUCGAGACCAUCCAGGCCAAGGCUUCCCUCUUCCCUCAUUCGCCCCUCUCGCCAUUCUGCUUGGUCGAACCGGGCAAUCACCACCAGAAGUCCUCCUCACUCAAGCCGCUGAUGUUGACGCCGACGAUGAUCAACAAACUAGGGCCUGCCUCCCACUUCCUCAACCAGAUCCCUCAGCCCCCCGGCUCAUCCUCUGCAAGCCUCACCCCGCUCCAUAGCCCCUUCUUACCCGUCUCGCCUCGAGCCCGUCUACAGACUGCCUCCUUAGGCAACCGAGGCACUGUCAGUGGGGCUCGUCUCGAGCAAAUCACCUCAGAUUCUAAUCAUCAUAUCCCCUUCCAGUCCUGGAAUUCUUUCUCCCCACCAGCAGCCCCUGCUCGUAGGUCGGUCUCCCAUCGCUCCUUGAACUCAAUCCCAAGCCGUUCAUCUGUCCCCAAUACCCCUCAUAUCGACUACCCCUCUCCCGACCUCUCCCUACAUCCUCUCCCGUCAACCAGACCCAUCCCCAUCAGCAGUCCCCACUCGACCAGCAGCACUGCUAUCAGUCGUGCUGAUCAACAUCCCGCUCUAAGUCCUCGCCAGUCCUCGCUCUCUCAUCUGGUUCACUCCCCACCCCUAUCCAGCCCUGCUGGGUCCAUCCCUCUUAGUGAGAAUCAAUCCACCUAUCGCUCGGUCACCAUUAAGAGGGCACCGCCUAAAUCGAAGACCAGAAAACCUGUCCCAGGAGGCAAAACUCUAACGCCCACGCCACCCAUCGCCUUUCCAGAAGGAUCACACGAUCUUGUGUGGCGUCCGCCACGUGGUGGCAACAUUGUGGAUAUCGUGAAUCGUCAUGGUGAUGAUCGUGAGAAGAGAGUCGACAUCGGUUUACCCAGUUCUACAACCUCCUCAGAUUCCGUCCGCCUGCCAGCAUCCAGUUCACUGCCUUAUCGUUCUCCCUUAUCAGCCUCCACAUCCUCCAUCGCUUCGCCCCGCUCGACCCGCACCACCCCUCUCAACCCAUCUCGGCACCAUCGUCUUGACUCUCAAACACUAACAAAUUCCUCACCAAUGAGACAUCCGGCUGAUUUGGCUCUGCCUCAUCAUCGCUCCAAGAGCAUGACGGCUACUUCUAGUCCAGUACUGGGCCAAGCCGUCGAAAGCUCCAGCUCUCAUGCUGCUGUUCAGGUCGAUCCUCGCCCGAAAUCUGUCAAAUCUCACAAGAAGGGUCACUCCGUAGCUCAACCUGUGGGCCUAAACACGCGCAUGUCCUUCGAGCAAUUAAUGCGCUCCAAUGAAACUGUCAAAUUUUCCCUAACCCCCGGGCCUUGUCUCGAGUCCUCGGACUCCCCAACGAGUCAACACUCGAGUGACUCCUUAUGCAGCCCGGACAAGUCUGCACGGAUCUUGUCAGAUCCGAUUGAAAUGAUAUCUCCCAAGAGCCAGGCAUCUAGCCAGCUUUUUCCGCGCUCUGAAGUCUUGCCGCGUACCCGGUAUCAAAGUCAAACCUGUGCUGACACACCUCCUCAGCUGCCGGACUUCCGGAAGUUUGAAGAUCAAAUUUCAAGUCCCUCUUCAAAUUUUAGCUCAUCCCGCUCGAUCUACUCUCAAAACAACACUAGUCCCCAUGGGUCCUUGUCCUCCAAGAAGCUGAUGGCUAACAACAUGACAUCCAUGAGCCAGCGAAUUGCCGCGUCUCGGUCGACGGAUGUCAACACAUCUGGUGAUUUAGUAAGGAAACCUCAAUUGGAAUCUUUGGCAGAAAUUCUGAAUUCCGAUCCGCCCUGGCUGGCGGGCCCAAAGAGCAAAAAGAGUAUCCCUAAAGAUCCUCAGACGGCAGACCUAGCGAAUGUGGUUGGUGCCUUAGGCUUGUCAACCCCACAGUUGGUCCGAUCUGAAACGGUAGACGCAAAACAAUUUUACCCUAAGGCAUCGACCACAAGUACCGGAUCGGAUUCUUUGAAGUCACAGAUUCGAUCACAACCUGCUGAGCAGACGCCAACCUCAUCAGGGCUACAGAAAAAGCUAAGAGGCUUCAAAUCACUGAUUUCUCGUCGGAUUAAGGUUAAAGAUGAACCCCAACCCAUGCCAAGCAUGCCCGCGCUUCAAUAUAGUCGAUCCCAGGCUGUUGAAACCGACUCGAAUUCUACCGGCUCAUUUAGUGAAUCAUGCGAUGUAUCAGUUCCAACUAUUGCCCCGAAUCCGCAAGCCGACUUGCAUCGCGAUGAAUCUGCUUUGGAUAAAUCGAGCCAAUUCAUCGGUGGGGUGAAUGAACUAGGGGCCCUCAGUUUAUCUCGGGUCAGCCAUUCCGAAGAAGGUGUAGCACCUAAGACAAAACCCAACUCCACAUUCAAUACGGUAUCGACCGCUUCACCAGUCCGCCCGGCAGCUCCGCCCGGCUUCACUGAAGACAUCACAAGCACUGAUUCUGUCAAAGAAAAUCGAUCAAAACUCCGUAGGAGUAUCAGCCUCUCGUCCCUGGUCCGUCGGCCACCCCCUCGUGACUUGCAACAAGGCCCCAGACUCUCUCAGACCCUGAUGCGUACUCGAUCGAAAAAUUCCAAAUCGAGGACUUUGACUGAAAACUCGAACUCUUCUGGAACCAGUCGUGGGACGAUAACCGAUGAGCGAGGGGCUGGAGGCCAGGAAAAUCGGAGUGACUUGGAUGAGAUCAUGGCCUUAGCUAGUCGUCUUAAUCGCCGAUUCAGAGGAUCAUCUGACCAAAGAAGAGCAGGAUCAUUCGACUCACUUCCUGAGGUAAAACCGGGGUUUGCUUCUAAACGUCGUGAGAGACAGGAAACUGGGUCGAGUGUCGAAGAUAAUUUCGAGAUUUCAUUUGCUCAAGAACUCAAACCAACAAUGGUCAAUAGGAUCAUCUUUACCAGUCCUACCAAAAAGAAACCAGUCUUCAAGAGCGAUGACAAUCUCUUACAAUCCUACUACGACUCUUCAAGCCAAUCGACAGCUAUCGAUGAAGACGGAAUGAACUUUAAAGAAUUCCUUCUUGACAAGAGCGAUCGAAGUCAGAAGAGUUCCCGAGGGCCAGAAGACGAACACGAGGAUGAUAGGGGCGCUCGAGAGAAAAGGCAUGAGCGAGAGGGAGAGGAGGAUGGUGGUGAGGAGAGUCGGGACGAAUACAUUAGCUUACAGGGACUUCAGCACAUGAUUUCCAAGCUCAAUGCCAUUGUCGAACAGCUCUCCAAACCAAUGCCCCCUGGUCAGGACCAAGAUAGUCGGGCAUCCAAUCAUCCGAUAUCCGGCUUGGGUAUCAAGCGCGUCGAUCUUCUUAAGAUGAUGAUCGAUCAAGUAUGAGUUCAUUCUCCCACUCCCCAAAAAAAGCCUUGGGACCAGGUUCCUUCAAACCUUCCAGCAUGACGACAUAAAUGAUGAUAAUGACGACGACGAUGAUGAUGACGACGGCGAUGUUCUUGAUCCUUGAGUGUGUGUGCAUAGUUUCCGUCGCUUGUUUGGUUGGUGGCUAUACGUUUCUUGGUCUUUGCUUGUUGUCUGUCUGGAUACAUCCAUCUGUAAAUAUCAGUCUGUUACCAUUACAUCCUUCUCGUUGAACAACCGUUCAUAAUUAUUUUUGCUUGCCGUUUUUUUUCCUUUAAUCAUCUCUUUAUUUUUUUUUUGUGUAUCUUUCCUCUUUAUAUCCUGCGUUGAUCUCUUCUUCUCUUUUCUUGAACAACCUCAACAACAAAAACAAGAAAAAAACCCACUAAUAGCAACACCUUGGUGUGGAUCCAGGGCCACUAUUAUCAGGACCAAGAUGUGGCUUCUUCGUCGAUAUUAAUAUUUGUUUUAACUUUAUUUAAUUUAAUCUAAUCCUCUUUUCCUGCUCUCUUCAUCAUCAUGCUCAUUGAUUGAUUGACUGUGUAAAUACAUACCCAUCACAACUCUUGCAUCCAUUUUCAGCUAUCUUGUGUGACAAUAAUUUGUCUGUAUACAGAAACUUCUUCAAUGCAUUCUUAUAUUAUUAUUUCUCUUACAUGUAUGUCCCUUUCAAACUCCACAGAAUUCAUAUUCAUUUGAGCUA